CGAGUGACUGCUUUAUGCUGUUGUUUAAUUGUUCUUUGUUUUGAUCUCGGUCAAGAUAAAACAAUCAGAUAUAAGGUCAUUUAUAUUACAUGAAGAUUACAUUGAAUUCUUAAUAUGACGCAGUAUAAACAUGUUUUGAUGAGCACCGCAUUAUGGAUUUUCAUAGUGAUGGAGGUAUCGUGCGGAAUAAACCUGGGUUUGAUAUCUGGUGAUCGAAGAAGACUAACCAGUCCAUUUCUGAUUACAAAAACAUCACGUCACUCUCCCAUCACAAUCAACAUCAAUUCUAAGUCACUGACACCAAAUCUCUCAAAAUCAUUGCUUUCAAGAAACUUGAAACCAAAGUUAAAUAUUCCCAAAAUUCCCCUCAUGCCCAUAUUCCCAAUACUCCCACCUGUGAUACCGAAAUUACCAAUUUUACCCCCUCUAUUACCAAUUAUACCUCCAUUACCCAUACUACCUCUUCCCAUUAUACCGCUUUUACCUAAAACCCUUAAAGCUCCGAAGUUACUAAGAAAAACGGCACUUCAAAGGGAUUUGGAGAGAAAAAUUAAAACUGCAAUGAAACCACCUCCAAAAAUAAGUAAAAAUAUUGCAAAAUUUUUACUGAAUUUGAAGAAAAAAGGAUCUAUUACUACAGCUGAAUAUUUGAGGUUCAAAAAACUGUUAAUUUAAUAUUGUUAAGAUAAUUUAGAGUAUUAUUUAUAAAAUAU